UGGGAUAUUAUUCACAGUGCUGAUGCUUGAGCCCCUGGGUUCGAGAGGACUGGAAGUACGCCGAGCUGCUGGUGGCCUUCAGUUUUGAAGGCAUGCAAGUCACUUGCUGGGACAGAACCAAAGCGAGUAGGGAGGUGGAGUGUUUGUGAAGGCAGUUCGCAGGUUGUCGGCGUCUUAUGUACAACAGGGCUUGGGUUGUCUGUAUCGUGACGGGAUCUUUGUGACAAUCUCUUCGACGUGGUGGAAGGCCAAACGUGCCAGUUGCGUGGACGUUGUAGAGGUGCAGCAAUGAGUACGGAUACCUUGGAACCCUAGGAGGUUGGGAGGUGGCUGGAUUUUGCACUGGUCGAUUAUACGCAGUGAUCGUUUGAAGACCAUUAGAGUACAAGUAUACAAAGAUUUUUCGAAGAUGGAAGAAAGUAUUGCCAUUACAUGGCCUCAGGAUUUGAGAGGUUUCGGUAGAGGUAAACUUGGUGACAAGGCAUACCUUUCGUUCGGCCCCGAACCAGAGUCAAGCAAUCUACCUACAUCUGUGCGCUCAUAUACUGAGUUCACGACCUCUGACUCAUCAACUGGAACAACUGCAGAUUGUGAUUACUUUGACCCCUUCUUGCAAACUGACAUGUGGAAGGAAUUGACACCAGAUCCAACCGCAGAUACCAUCGGCAACUGCAGUAAUGAAUCGGUGUCACCGAUUUUGGAGCAGUUAUUAACAUGUAAAGACACACUAGAAAGCCAAAGUUUGUGGGGAAUUGAUCAACAACAGGUUGGAAUGCUUCCUCAUGAAACACAAGAAUGGACCCAGCCGGACUGCUCAUUGAUGGAUGAUUGGAAUCAGAACUUUAACUGCGGUUCUACAGACGUAGAAUGUGAGUCGUCAAUGCAGCCUACAGAGAAUCAAUUGGGUCAUGUCCCGGCAUGGAUGACGGAAAUGCCUGCAGGCUCGUAUAGCUCAACCUCACCAGGCAUUAUUUCUACUGCCAACCAGUUGAUGCAGUCUAGCAUGAUCAUGAGCUUCCAAGAAGAUCAACAACUGAAACGACCAUCGUGCACCACUUCCGGUAAGGUAGCUGCUGCGAACUCUAAGGCUGCUGCACGAAAACACAGGAUUUUCCUGCGGCAAAAAUCUGCACCACAUCACCGAAACAUUUCACACGCAAGUGGACGCAGCUCAUCCCCAAGAGAAUUGAAGAAGAUUCAUCCAACUAAACUGCCAAAAGAAUUUCUCAUGUGGAGCAAUUUUCAGGGACGAAAUAUGGAUUCGCUGCGAUUCCUUCUUCAUAAAUUUUUGCAACCAAGCGAUGUUAAUAAUCUUGGCCGCAUAGUCAUCUCUAAGAGAGAAGCCGAAACUCAUUUGCCAAAUCUCGCCGUGAAGGAGGGGAUUUUUAUUACAAUGGAAGACUUUGACACGAGAGAACGGUGGACCUUCCGCUACCGUUUCUGGCCCAACAGCAGGAGUCGCAUGUACUUGUUGGAGAAUACAGGAGAUUUUGUGAGAGCUCAUCAUUUGACGACGGGAGACGUACUCGUUCUCUGGAGAAACUGUGAAGGGGGCACUUUUCUGGAUGUUCAUGCAGGUGAUUCGAGGCAUGUCGGCCGUGCCGCGCAUGUGAACUAUUGAAGUACCCAAGACAAUGAAGGCUUAAUGCUAGCGGCAGAUUUCGAAGGAGGUGAGGGAGGACGAGAUCAUCAAAUCAAAGAGAUUAAGCUAACUAGUCAGUGCUUGAUAUGAAAGCUUGAUCGAACGCAGAUGUCAUGUAGUUUUAGUGCACCACUGCAAUAUGAGCAGCAAGAAUCAUUUCAUUCAGGUAAGAUGCUGAGUCACGUAUUUGUCCCAUCAAAGCCAUGGUGUGGCACAGCAUCAGGUGACUUGAUGAUAUUUGCACGUUGGUAUUUUAGGAUUGCCGGAAUUACAGGUGGGGACGAUCACACCAGUGUGAAUGGGUAGCGGUUGACUCUCUUACUGGUUGUCAGUGAACGUAAAUGGAUUACACUAUCACAUAUAGAUGGAUUAAUCACAGUACUCAGUUUGGACGAGAGUGUUUAUGCAACAUUUGUUAGUUCCAGUAAAACAGUACGAAGUUACGUUGUUUAGAUUGAACUCUUGAACGCCAGUUGCUUGCUUAAAGACAUGGUUUCGUUGCACAAGUACGGUUGAUCUAGGUUAGCCCGAGUGAAGUUGUUGAGGAGGUAGCUGAUGCACAGAUAUUAAGGAUGUUGAUAUUUUUAUUGUAUGAUGUAAAUAAGGAUUAUAAAUAUGUUCCCAAUUGAAGAUGA